CCCGUGACAGGCUGUUGCAGUGGGCACUAUCAGGCAGCCCGGCGGAGAGGAGCUGAGUUUCAGGCUCAUGUAGCCGGCGCUGUGGCCGCUCUCGGUUGAUAGGACCUACACAGGGGGAACGGUUGUGGGGCAGAGAGGAACCAUGCCGACCUUGUUUUUGCCCCUCUCUCGCCUCGCCAGAAGCGGGAGCGGUGUUGGGAAGCUGCUGGCUCGCUGUACGGCUCUCCACCCACCUGGCGGGACAGGGAUUUCUGAGAAAUGUCAACCGGCGUAUCGAAACCUAUCCUCCCCGGCACGGCUCUCCACAGCCGGCAUGAGCACCAGCUCCGCGGACGGAGACGUGACCGGCUGGCUGUGGUCUGUUUACAAUGAAACCAAACGGCAGACUGAAGAUUUAAUCCCAGCAAUAUCGAACAACUUUGUGAAUCCGGACACCAUCUUCGCCAACAAUGAGAUGAGCUUGCAGGAUAUUGAAAUCUAUGGCUUUGACUACGACUACACUUUAGCCUUCUAUUCCAGCAAUCUCCACACCCUGAUCUUCAACAUCGCUCGGGAUAUUCUCAUCCAAGAACACAGGUACCCAGAGGGACUGAAGGAGUACGAGUACAUCCCUGAUUUUGUGGUUCGGGGGCUGCACUAUGAUGUUCAGAAGGCUUUACUGAUGAAGAUAGAUGCUUUUCAUUAUAUCCAGCUUGGAACAGUGUAUAGGGGACUUCACCCUGUCUCAGAUAAAGAAGUCAUUGCUAUGUAUGAGGGCUCCCAUGUCCCUCUGGAGAUCAUGAGUGACUUUUAUGGCAAGAGUUCCCAUGGGCACACUAUGAAGCAGUUUAUGGACAUCUUCUCUUUGCCUGAGAUGACCCUGCUCUCAUGUGUUAAUGACUACUUCAUGAAGCACAACAUCGACUAUGAGCCUGUACAUCUCUACAAAGAUGUCAAGGAGGCCAUAGGAGAUGUCCAUGUAAGGGGAAUUAUGUAUCGAGCUGUUGAGGCAGAUAUUGAGAAGUACAUCUGUUAUGGUGAACAGACCCAUGCAGUUCUAAGAAAGCUUUCAGAUAAUGGAAAGAAGAUGUUUCUGAUCACCAACAGCCCCCUGGACUUUGUAAAUCGAGGAAUGAACUACAUCGUUGGAAAAGACUGGAGGGACCUAUUCGAUGUGGUCAUAGUGCAGGCUGACAAGCCAAGUUUCUUUAACGACCGCAGAAAGCCAUUCAGGCGAGUUACUGAUAAAGGAGUGUUGCUAUGGGACAGGAUUCACCAUCUGGAGAAAGGGCAGAUUUAUAAACAGGGAAACUUGUAUGAGUUCUUGAGACUCACUGGCUGGAGGGGCUCAAAGGUUUUGUACUUUGGAGACCACAUCUACAGUGACCUUGCGGAUCUGACUCUGAAGCAUGGCUGGAGGACUGGGGCCAUCAUCCCUGAGUUGCGAAAGGAGAUCAAGAUCAUGAACACGGAGGAAUAUGUGCACACCAUGACCUGGCUGCAGAGCCUGACCAACCUGCUGGAACACAUGCAGGUGCACCGAGAUGCUGCCUCACAGGCAGUGAUUCAGCACUGGGUCAAAGAGAGGGAGGACAUGAGAUCCCGGGCGAAAGACAUCUUCAACCCUCAGUUCGGAAGUCUUUUCCGCACGUAUCACAAUCCAACCUACUUUUCCCGUCGCCUCUCCCGCUUCGCCGACAUCUACAUGGCUUCCAUCAGCUGCCUGCUCAACUACGACCUACAACACACUUUCUACCCCAGACGCACUCCGCUGCAACACGAGGCCCCCUUCUGGCCAGAGCAGACCAGUGCAGGGGCCAUGAACAUACCCUUCCAGAGCACGCGAGCAGGAUCUGAAUAAGCCUGGACAGAUGACAGGUGGCGUUACGGUUAUAGAGCAAAAUAUAUAUCUAUAAUGUGUAUAUUUAUAUACCACAGUGCGACUGCUGUUACUAGUGUUUAAAGUAAUAGUUUGACGAAAAGCUAAUUUAUACACUUUGGCGCUGACCCAAGGUGACGUGUUUGGAGUCUAAAUUUUGCUUGUUUGGUUUACGACUUGAGCUACAUGUAAACAUUGUAAACAAACACAAGAACCCAGUAGUCACCCAAAUAGCCCAGAUAGUUUCUGUGGAAAUACAUCACCAAAACUUCUCCCAACCUGUUCAAACUGCCUCCAGGACCUAUCUAAGGUCACACAGAGUUGACAGUGUGGUUUAGGAUACAGUAUGACUUAAUGUGAACUAUAAAAAUGAAAAAAACUGUGGGGAGCCUUUUAGACAACAGGAUCUCUUCAUAAACCACUUUAGGAUUAGGAGUGCUGAUGUAGUAUCAGUUUUUGUGACAGUGACUAUCAUGAAUAUGAAGGAAUCUGAUCCAAGAUCAGUCCUAUAAUUUAUAACCACACUGAAAUGGCUCCCACAGUGGUGAAGCUUUAUUCAUCUAGUCUGGACAAUGUUAGUGAAGACCUGGAUGCAGUUUAAGCAGGUUGAGAGAAGUUUUUUGGGAUGAAUCACAAAAACGAUUUGGUUGACUGUUGAGUUCUGGUGUUUGUUAGCUAUAUUAGCCUCAAAGCUCCAAUGCUGAAUUAAAGAUGCAAAAUUGGACGCCAAACAUGUCUUAGCUGAUCAGCUAAACCUAGGGUAAGUAGAAAAUUGUGCAAAUACGUUUUUAAUUAAUUAGUUUUUUGCCAAACUGUUUAUUUAAGCAGACAAAUCAGCUGUAUAAAUGUGGUAUUUACUAAUGCUGGAGUUUAAACAACCUUGUUCAGUUGACGUGCCGCACAUCUCCUAAAGUAGUGAUGUAGGUAUUUCCACUGUAAAAAAAACAAAAAACAAAAUGAAGUACUGUUUUUUGCAUGUUUUCUUGAUGUAUUUUUAAAAAUGGUAGAGUUCAGCUAUUCUAGGCUAAACAAUCAUGCAGUUAGUACACUAACGUUGCCAGUCAAAGAUUCACAUUGCGCCAGUGUUACAUAUUUAAAAAAGAAUGUAAGAGUGGGUAAUUUUUCACCAGGCAUAAAACACAGCCAUAGCUCUUUAGUAUUUAAAACUGUCACUACCUUAUUUUUAUAUUUACAGCAUAUCUGAACUCUAUGUGAAUGUUUUGGUCUUCAGUUAGUGUCUCUUAAUUAACUGGAGAAUUGAAAUGCAUAUUUUUUGAUUGUUUUUGUUGAUUUGUUGCUAAAGUGUUUGCUCUUUUAUCAGAAUGUGCCUCAGUGUGGUGGAGAUUUAAAAAUAAGCAAUAGCUUCGGUUUGUAUUUAGUGCAUCUCUAAAAUCUGUGCUCUGCUCAUAGGAAAAUGGGAGUAGUUGUCGUCUUCUUUUCUGGCUUUACAUGCUUGCUGAAAAGAGCAAUAUAUAGGGUCUAACUUUCCCUUCUGCUCUGUCACCAGCAUUAUUUUUCAAACCCAAAUCCUAACCCUAACUCAGGGAUGGAUUAUUCUAGAGGACCACAGCACUGCACAGUUUAUUAUUUUCCCUGCUCUUAUAAACUGAUUCAACUCAUAAAGGCUUUAAUAAUUAAUAAUUAACUGAUGAGCUGCAUGAGGUGGGCGUCCAGUAGGGAUAUCACUAAACUGUGAAAGUGCUGUGACACCCAAAACUAGCAUUGGAUCAACAGCAGAGCCUCUUAUACCAACACCGUUGAGCACACCACCAAAGCGAACAGCAAUCUGAAGUACGGCAUUUGUCCUACAGCGUUGAAAUGAAGAAAGAGCUUAUCUUUCAUAGCAUUUUAAACUUGGUUUUUGUAGUUUUGCUUUGCGUCCUUGAAUAAAAUAUUUGAUACGCACAAAUUCUAGCAAGUUACAAAGUUUUAUGAAAAAGUUUUAUGCAUAAGUGCUUUAGAUGCCUGUAAGACGGUAGAAAACCUGGUGUUCUCUAUUAAAUGCCUUGUAUGCUUUAUUUAUGCAUUGUGUUGAUUUACUACAUUUUCUGCUGAACGUAAUUUUAAUAUUAUUGAUGGUUUAUUGACUAUAGAAUACUGUAUAAUUAGAGCUUUCUGUCUUUAAAAAAUGAGGCCCAAGUGCUCACUUUCAUUCUACAAUCUGAUGUUUUCUGUGUGUGUAUAUUCUAUCUGGUUAUCCUGUUGUCAUUUUGCUCAGUUUAAUGACCAGUGUAUUGUAAAACUUUGUUUUUCUGGCCAGCUUUCAACAUGACAUGACACGAUAUAUAAAUGUUUAUCACUCGUGAAGGAACUGAAAUAGCGUUGCACUUGUUUUUGUUUUGUUUUGUUUUUCAGAUAUGGUGUUAUACGGUUCAUUUUGUGUGUAUGCCCAAUGAACAGAUGUAGCUGUUUUUCUUUCUUAUGAAUGAAAAGGGACAGACUGAUGGGUUGGACCUCUGACACAAAAGCCUUGAGUGACUACGGUAUUCUGAGGUUGUUUUGACUUUUGUUUGAAGUUUGCUGGAUUUAUUUUGUGACCACCCCCAUUCAGAAUGGGUUACAUGUGUGACGUAUUUAUUAAACAAUUACCUGAAA